UCCCCGCCGCGCGUCGGGGCGCGCGUCCGUGACGUCAUCGCGCCAACCCGGAAGCGAGCACUUCCGGGUACGGCAGCUCCUGCCAUGGAUUUGGUGGCCGGGCUGGGCUGUGCCUGUGCCGGGCUGGCGGCCCUGGUGGCCCUGGUGGCCCUGGUGGCCCUGCUGGUGGUGGCCCAGCGCCUCGGGCUCCUCUACCGCCUGUUCCACAAGGUGGACACGACGAGUCCCCGCCAUGGUGGCGAGCUGGUGGCCGAGGUGCUGCGAGCCCACGGCGUGCGGUUCCUGUUCACGCUGCCCGGGGGCCACAUCUCGCCCGUGCUGGUGGCCUGCGAGAAGAUCGGCAUCCGCGUGGUGGACACGCGCCACGAGGCCACCGCCGUCUUCGCCGCCGACGCCGUGUCCCGGCUCUCGGGCCGCAUCGGCGUCGCCGCCGUCACCGCGGGCCCCGGUGUCACCAACGCGGUGACGGCCGUCAAGAACGCCCAGAUGGCCGAGUCGCCCCUGCUGCUCCUGGGCGGCGCCGCCGCCACCCUGCAGAAGGGCCGCGGGGCUCUCCAGGACAUCCCGCAGCUGCCGCUCUUCCGCACCCUCUGCAAAUCCGCGCUUUCCGUCGGCGCCGUGCGCGACAUCGUCCCCACGCUGCGCCGCGCCAUCGCCACCGCCAUGGAGGGCACCCCCGGCCCCGUGUUCGUGGAGCUGCCCAUCGAUGUCCUCUACCCCUUCCACGUGGUCCAGAAGGAGCUCGGGGGCUCCAAAACCCCGCGGGGGCUGCGGGGGGAAACCCCCCGCAGGUACCUGUGGAAUUACCUGUGCGAUCUCUUUGCGGGCGCCUGGGAGCCGCGGGAGCUGAGCCCGCUGGGGCUGCGGGUGCCGCGAGCCACGCCCCGAGAGCUUUUCCUGGUGGAGAGCAGCAACAGCAGCAGCUCCUACUGGCUGGGGGUGACGGACGCGGAGCAGGAGGGGAAAUGGCGCUGGGUCACCGGCGAGGAGCCCCAGUUCUGUUCUGGUAAAAACAACCAGUUCUGGGAAAAACAACAGUUCUGGGAAAAACAACCAGUUCUGGUUUUGGGGACGUGUGGCAGCGGGGAUCCGCAGCAGGAGCUGAAGGAUUGCGGCGCGCUGGGGCCCAAGGGGCGCUGGGUGAGCGAGCGCUGCUCGGAGCCGCUGCGCUGGGUCUGCGAGAGGCCCGGGCACUGCUGA